AAAAUGCAUGAAGGAAAUCAAUCAGCAGUGUCAGAAUUCGUGCUUCUGGGACUUGGACACUCAUGGAAUAUUCAGGUCUUACUCUUUGUUAUAUCGUUAACUUUUUAUCUGAUGAUUCUGUCUGGAAAUAUUUUCAUCAUGAUCUUAAUCAUCACUGACCCCUUUCUGCAUUCCCCCAUGUACUUCUUGUUGGCCAAUCUAUCUUUUGUGGACAUAUGGCUUUCCUCAGUCACCACUCCCAAGAUGAUUGCAGACUUUAUCAGUGAAAACAGGACCAUCUCCUUUGCAGGUUGCAUGUGCCAGAUCCUCUUUGCCCAUUUCACUGCAGCAAGUGAGAUGGUACUGCUCGUGGUAAUGGCCUAUGACCGCUAUGUGGCCAUCUGCAAGCCACUCCACUACUCUACCAUCAUGAACCUGCAAAAGUGCAUUAGCUUGGUACUAACUUCCUGGAACAUAGGCUUUGUGCAUGGUAUAAGUCAAAUGGUUGUAAUUAUGAAGUUGCCUUUCUGUGGACCCAGAGAAAUAGAUAGCUUCUUCUGUGAUAUCCCAUUAGUAAUCAAGCUAGCCUGUAUGGAUUCCCAUAAUUUGGACACUUUAAUAAACAUUGACUGUGGGCUUGUGGUUGUAACUUGCUUUACUGUGUUGCUGAUAUCAUACACAUAUAUUCUUAUCACUGUCCUCCAAACUUCUAACAAUGGUGCCUCCAAAGCUCUGUCCACCUGCACUGCUCACAUCACAGUCGUAUUGCUCCUUUUUGUUCCCUGUAUCUUCAUCUAUGUAUGGCCACUAAACAUCAUUUGGUUGGACAAAUUUCUUGCUGUGUUUUACUCUGUUUUUACUCCUCUCCUAAAUCCAAUCAUUUAUACAAUGAGAAAUAAAGAGAUGAAAAAUGCUGUGAAAAGAUUCAAAAGCUACUACAUGGAUUCCAAAGGAAAUAUUUAA